AUGGUCCGUCCUGUCCUCGCUCCGAGUGGCCCCCUUCUCGCUUCCCAUGGCCACAGGCCCAGCUCCCCUAGCGCCCGUCGGCACGCCCACACCUCUGGAGCCCAAUUUACCCCUCAUAUCCGCCAUGGGACCUCCGCCCCAUCCUCCGCUGCCACUAGAAGGACCCCCGACCCGGGCACCCGAACCAGCCAGAGCAACCGGGCCAGAGCGACCCACUCCAGCUCCGCCAGGAGUACCAUUCCAACCGGUUACACUGCUAAUUCCAGUCAGACCUGCCUCGCCGUUGGAGCGAAGCAGCUUGCCGCCGGUUGGACCUCCCAUACGGUUUCGAAUGCUCCUUGGCAAAGGUAG